AACGAGUAUGAGAAGUCUUACAGUUUGGUCUUCGUUGUCACUUGUGAUUAAAGAAAUUUUUACAUUAAAUGGAUAACCUCAGAGCAUAGUUUCUCUCUCCUCCUAAUCUCUCUCUCUCUCUUAAAAAGAAGAGGAAAAAAAAAACAUCAGCGCAAGACAAAAUCUUUCUCACCAGAUCUUCAGCUUCUGCUUGCAGUCCGACAGCAGAAUCUCCCUCCCGAAAUUCACAGAAUCAAUAACCCAAUCUCCGAUGAGGUGUAAGCGUCACGUCGCCGAUCUCAGCAGCUCCGUCGGCGUCUGCGCCUCCUGUCUCCGCGAGCGCCUCCUCUCCCUCGCCGUCUCCGUUGCAGCAGCUGAUUCCGCCGGCGAUCACCGCCAUUUCCUGCGACCAGUUCCGCCGCCUCUGGCUUUUCCUCGGUCAGUGUCCCCUUACGUGGCGCCCAGAAAAUCCGACGCCGGACACUACCCUUUGUCCUCUCACCGCCGCUUCUUCUUCACCCCUCAGGUGGGUCCUGGCCCCUCUUCCUCCGGCGGCGGUGGCUCCGAAGCCUACCGGUCGUUGAGGAAGAAAAGGAACGGUUUUUCUCGGUUGUAUAAUCUCUUCAGGGCCAGAUCUGACGAGUUCGAUUCGGGUUUCAAAUCCUCGGUGUCGGAUCCUAGGCUGUCCUACGCCUCCAUGUCGUCGUCGAUGUCCUGGUUCUCGACGGUGAUCUCCGGUCGGAUAAAGAAGCAACCCGCCUCGUGCUUCAUCGAGGACAUGAUCUCCGACGGCGAUCGUAGACCUCGGAAGGUGUUUUGCCGGGGAAUGUCGCCGGAGAGGGAUACGGAGAUGGAGGACGAGCGAGAGCCUCCGGCGUGGGCCUCUGUCGAGGAAUCACCAGGGAAGGUGAAGAGAACGCCGGCGGCGGAGGCGGCGGAAACUCCAACGAGGAGGAAGACACGCGCGGGGCUGGCGAAAAGCCUGUCGGGGAUGGUCUUCUGCUUGAGCCCGCUAGUGAGGGCGAGCCCGAGCCGCCAUUGGAAAGGAAAAGGAAACUUGCCGCCGGAAUUCGGGUUUUCCGGUGAGUGUAAGCCCCACAUCUCGACGGCGUCAUCAUUCUGCGCGAACCGGUCGAGAAAGCUCGUGGAUUUGGGGAGAGCCAAUCAUCGCCGUUGAGUUUGGGAAUCGGUCGCCGAUCGACGUGAUCGUGUGAAAUGACGAUAAUACCCUUGGGCCCUUCUCUCGUCGCCGCUAAAUCACAAAUGGCAAAUUGAGUCCAAAGGUUGGUAAUUAGUUUAAAAUCGGUUGUUCCCGAAACAACGGUGGAUAGAAAAAUGAUUAAAUUGGAUAAUUUUUUUUGGGGGAAGAUAUUGCAUAUGUAGUUUUUUUUUUUUUUGAUAACGUAUGUAGUUUUCAUGUUCUUUGUACUCGCAGUUUGAAAAUUGCUGGUCACAUUGUUUCCUAGGAUAUUUAGAAAGCAUGAAGGAUGGGGGAGAAAUGAAGUGGCAAUUUGUUUUAUAAAAAAUUUUGUGUACACAAUAACAACGGAUAGAUUACACAAGAAAACGAAUAUGGUUAGGUCAUUUCAUUAUUGUAAAGAUUGCGAAUAUUU